UUACUUCUGGAGACAUAAAAUGCGAAUGGUGUCCCUGUCAAUGGUGAUCUGUAUUUGCAAGAACGCAGCAAGUAAGAUAGUGACCGACAUAGGCUAGUUUUGUUUACAGUUUAUUUACAUUUGGUCUCAUUCGUCUCCGCGGGUAUUCAGUCCGCAUUUUGAUCAUCUUUGGACAUUCACGACGAAAAUGACUGAGACUGAGUCAGAGAACCCAGGAGCGAGACAGGGGAAAGGAGAUGCUCCCUCAGAAAAUCUGAAAACGAGGGACGAUACUUUUGACGACACGUACAAAGAAAAGGAAGGCCCUAAACCCCCGAAGACAAUCGUUUGGAAAAAUGUCAUAUUAAUGACUUUGUUGCACAUAGGUGCUCUCUAUGGGGGUUUCCUUAUUCCAUCAGCAUCGCCUUUGACCUUGGUUUGGUCUUUCUUUUGCUUUAUAGUAAGUGCUUUAGGAGUAACUGCAGGUGCUCAUCGACUAUGGAGUCACAGGUCCUACAAGGCUUCACUACCUUUAAGAAUCUUCCUCGCCACUGCUAACUCAAUGUCCUUUCAGAAUGAUAUUUAUGAGUGGGCUCGAGACCACAGAGUUCACCACAAAUAUUCGGAGACAGAUGCGGAUCCCCACAAUGCCAUCCGAGGCUUCUUCUUUUCUCACAUUGGUUGGCUCCUGGUGCGGAAACACCCGGACGUCAUUGAAAAAGGGCGCAAGUUGGAGCUCAGCGACCUGAAGGCUGACAAAGUUGUAAUGUUUCAAAGGAAGUACUACAAGCUGUCUGUGCUACUCAUGUGCUUCUUCAUCCCAAUGUUUGUGCCUUGGUACCUGUGGGGGGAGACCCUCUGGGUGGGGUACUUCAUCCCUGCUUUGCUGAGGUACACCUUGGUGCUCAACGCCACCUGGCUAGUCAACAGCGCUGCUCACCUGUGGGGGAACAGGCCCUACGACCACAACAUCAACCCGAGAGAGAACAAGUUUGUCACUUUCAGUGCCAUAGGUGAAGGAUUUCAUAACUAUCACCACACGUUCCCGUAUGACUAUGCAACAAGUGAGUUUGGUUGCAAGUUAAACCUUACCACUUGUUUCAUUGACUUCAUGUGUUUCCUGGGCCUGGCCAAGGAAUGCAAGAAGGUGUCCAAGGAAGUGGUGUCGGCCCGAGUCCAGCGCACGGGUGACGGAAGCAAUAGGAAUGGCUAAAAGAACUGCUGUGAAAUCGAAAAAGAAACGAGAUCAAACCAAUGAGACGUAUACAGUGUAAUUUAAGAUGCUUUUUCUAUCAUGUAGCUCGUCACGACGGCACACUCCUUUUUGAGCUAUACAUUUUCAUAGUUCUAAAGUUGAAUGUUAGCCUCUGAGGGGACUUGGGCCGUUUAACUUUUUGGUUCUUUUUAGCUGCAGUCAUAUGAAUGGGCCCGGAAGGUAAAGUCACAUCUUUUUUUCCGAAGCGCCUAGUGUAGUCAUCGCUACAGCUUUUCUCUACUGGUUGGAUCAUGGUCUCAUGAACUGAAAUAGCUCAAAUGUCAAUAGUGCCCAAGUGCGGUAAAGGCAAUGAUUGGACAAAUGUUCACAUCUUUAGGACUGCAGUGAAAGAAAUGGUUACUUAUUUACUAUUGUUUUUAGUGGUCAUUGGUUGUUUAUUAUUAAUAAAGAACAGCACUGAAACAUGUAAAGCAUGUUCCAUUUAAUUGGAUAUACUGUAGGGUAUCUAUUUCAAUGCGAUUGCCUUUGUUUUUCUUCAACAUUGUUACAGUUUACAGCAAAGUGCUUACAGUAAUGUAUACAGUAUGUUCUCUUUGUGGUUGUAACUAUAGAGGGCGUUUUAGUACGUCAACUGCAAAAAUGACUGAAUUACUAUUAUGAAAGUGACAAAAAGGGUGUGGUGAGAUACAAACUGGGAAAGAACAGAGACCUGAAAGGUAUAUUCCUUAAUUCUUAACAAGUCUUUAAACCAAUGUUCAUAGGAUAAUCUGUAACUGGUCCAGUUAGAUUUGGGUAAAUGGCAAAACUUUUUCAAAUGUCAGUAAUUCUAAGGUAUGGUAUGUACUCUUGCAUCACUAAUUUACUUAGAACUAUUUAAAUGGGAAAUACUUCAAUUCUAUGUAACAAUGGGGCAUUCAAUGCGACGAUUGCAAUGCUUUUUUUCCACAGCAUACAGGCACUGGAUUUUGAAGCACACUUGGAACAAAAAAAACGUUUUUAAAAAUUAAGUAAUCUUUCUGUUAAGGAAUUUAAUCAGCCAAAUUUACUAUGUAUCAAGAGUAAACUAUUGUCUCAAAGUAUGUAAACUGCCAUUUGGUGUAUUUCUUUCAUACCUUUAAACAUAGCAUGGAAAUGUGAUAGAUUUCUUGGUUUUUGGUGAUGUUUCCAGAAUUUGGCAAUGGUUGGACCUUUUGUGUACAGCCUUGCCAUCAACCAUUUAGACAUGGUAGCUAAAUUUUGCUUUUCUCAUUCUGCAAAAUUGUACAGGUUGUUCGGUGUGGCCUUUGUCAUUUUUCAUGACAAUUUUGGCUUUUCUCUCACUGCUAAUUUUUAUUUUCUUGUGAAAAAUAUAGUUACAGCAUGGAGAAGACCCAUAUUAUGCCAUAAAGCAUUGAGUUGUUUUACAGUAGAUUUAUCAAGAUUGUUCAAGGUCAAUUCUGGUUGUUUGUGAAUUGAAAUGUAUUCUCUGUGUGUGUUCAUUAUUAGUAUUUGUGGUUUAUUUACAAAAAUCCUUGCACUUUGGAACUUAUUACCGAUCUUGCACAUUCUGUGGAUGGGCCAUUAAAGUAAACUAAGAGAAGCCUUUUACUUGUCUAAGGAUGAACAAACACCCGACUAAGUCAGGAUGCAACUACCCAAUGCCUUAUGACUUACAUCCAUUCCUGAUCCUGUAACAGAGUACCAUCAAUAUGUGAAAAGAAUUAGGAAAGAUCAAUGAAAAUGCAUUGAAUGCCAGAUUAUCCCUUAUUUAGAUAUGUACCUUCCCCAUUUUCAACUAAAUGUUAAUGAGAGGUGCAGUUAAGGUUCUGAGAAAGCAUGUGGACAGUUUACAUGUCUACAGCAUCUUAAAGUGCUUUAUUGAACAAAAAUACCCCAAAUUUGGCCACAAUACCACAAGCCAUGCAUAUAUAUUUCCCUUGUUGUUUUCAACUAUCCGAAACAGUAUUUGUUUUGUCAAGUUCUGGGGAGUAAAAGGCAAUUCUUCUGUUCUGAUAUAUGUCAAAUGUGAAAUACUUUCUGAAGUAAAAUUCAGAGAUAUUUUCAAUGAACUUGUAAUAAAUAUAUUUGUUGCUUAAA